AUGUGUUUUCUUGGCAAAACAAAAUAUUGUACACCAAUUGAGACCACGACAGAAAUACCUCUAACAACAACGAUAUCCUUAGAAACGAAAUCAACGCCAACACCAUCACCAUCACCACUACCUCCAUCAACUGUUAAAACAACAACUACGGUUAAACCCUUACCACCGAUUUUAACAACACCAAAACCAACGCCUAAACCAGAGACAACAACUACUCCUAAACCAUUGCCAACUACAGAAUCAACAAUUGCAACAGAUACUACAACACCCGAAUUUCCUGAAACUACAAGUACAAGUUUUCCUGAUUAUCCAUCACUUACUUGGCCUCCUAUUCCAACAUUCGAUGGAAGCGGUACAGGAAGCAGUAGUGGUAGCAUUACAGGAGGCUCUAGCAGUUCUUUUGGUGGCAGAGCUUAUAAACUUCGUCCUCAACCACCGUUAAUUCGUCACAAGCGUAAAGCACGUAAACAUCGUCGCCAAGUUUAUAGCAAACAAUAG